UUUUGUUUACAUUUCAAUGUCCGGUGGUUUUUAACAAAUCAAAGCAAAUUUGGACAUUUAAUAAUGAAAACAAUGUUAUUUUACUUAGCUAUAAUUGUUACAUUGUGCAAUGCUAGUCCCAAAGUGGUUGAUCCAUUAAAAACCACAGUCUAUGGCAAUGGCUUGGCUCCAGACAAAGUGGUCUUACCAGCUCGUUACUUUUAUAUCCAUGCUGCCGGAGAAGAUGGACGAUUGUUUCAUGAAUCGCCUCCUUUGAAUUUCGAUGUCCAUAUUGAAGGCAAAUCUCCUCAUGGCAUGUGCCGUACCAAAGUGGAUGUCAUUAAUCGUGGAGAUGGCUCAUUUUUGGCUCGCUACAACGUUAUAACCGAUUGGUGUGACAAAGUCGUUAUAAAUGUUCAAUACAAUGGAACGCAUGUGGCCAAGUCACCAUAUUAUAUAAGAGACUUGGUUUAUUCGGAUAAAUGUUAUUGCCCCCGGGAUCUUAACAUCUGGAUGAUAGACAAUGAGUGCAAGGCAGCCUCACAGGAGGAUCAAAUAGUGAGCGAUUUGCAUUCGUUCAAACGUGUCAACUUUAGCAUGAUACGCGAUAAUUUGGUGAAACGUUAUAACCAACCAGAGAGUAUAUCCCUAUGUCAUUAUGUGGUAAAGGACCAACAGAUCUGGCGCAAAUGCUAUGGCAAAUAUGAUGGCUUCAAAAUGUUUAUGGAUGCAACACUCUUGGCUUUGGGUCGUGUAGUGGCUCUGCCAGACAUGGAAUUCUUUUUGAAUUUGGGUGAUUGGCCGUUAUCGCGCAAAGGCGGCCAACAAAGAACCUCCGGCCCAUAUCCAAUAUUUUCCUGGUGUGGCAGUGAUGAUUCCCAUGACAUAGUUCUGCCCACAUACGAUCUCAUGGAGUCGAGUGUAGAGAAUAUGCAUCGAGUGGCCUUAGAUGUGUUGUCUGUGCAACGUGAAAAGUAUGCCUGGAACAGCAAAGUUGAAAAGUUAUUUUGGCGCGGUAGAGAUUCGAGACGAGAACGAUUGGACCUGAUAGGUUUGGCGCGCAAACAUUCAGACAAAAUCGAUGCUGCAAUUACCAAUUUCUUCUUUUUUCGCGAUGAAGAGAACAAAUAUGGACCUAAAGUGCCACACAUAAGUUUUAUGGAAUUUUUUAAAUAUAAGUACCAAUUGAAUAUUGAUGGAACUGUAGCAUCAUAUCGUUUGCCCUAUCUUUUGGGUGGGGGUUCGACUGUAUUUAAACAAAUUUCACCAUAUUACGAACAUUUCUACCAUAAACUUGUGCCGCACAAACACUAUAUACCCGUUAAGCGUGACCUUACCGAUUUGAUAGAGGUCAUAACAUGGAUACGCGAAAACGAUUCGCAGGCCCAAGAAAUAGCCAAAAAUGCCCAAGAGUUUGUCAAUAGCAAUCUAAGUCCAGGUCAUAUUUACUGUUAUCACAUGGCAUUAUUUAAGGAAUGGAGUAACCGCUUGGUUUCACCUGUCAUAGUAUUACCCGACAUGGAAAGGCUUGAACAAACGCACAGUUGCACUUGCAAAGAAACCCACACAAGAGAUGAACUGUAAUCGGUCCAAAGCAGCAUUUCUUUUUUAUCAUAUGUGUCAUUCCCACUGAUAUUGAAUUACAAAUGCAUAAAACCAUCGCUUUUUUGUCUUUGAUCCUUUUGGAUACAAAGUAGUCUAUGCCAUAUACACUCACACACUCUAUGUUAGAAUUAGACUAGAUGUUUUGACAACGUUUUAGACGCGUUUUUUAAUACGUAGAGUAUUUUCUACUAUAAGUACUGUACUUCAGCACACUGCGCACAUUGUUGUAUGAAUGUAGUAGUCCGCAAAUGAACCUCUAAAGAAUCUCAUAGAUUUUACAAAAAAAAAAUGAAAUAAUAAAAGCCAAAACAAGGA